UUUUUUCAUCUGAUUCUGUGGCUUUGUUCGGUUAUGUUGGAUUUAUAAUUUUUCUAGGAAUCCAGGAAAUUUAUGGAUUGUAAAACACGUUCCCUCCCGCCGCCGGUGUCCGAUGUAGAAAACCAUGCAUCGUGAAUAUCGUUGAUGACUCGCGCCGAUUUUUUCACAAACCCCCAACCGAAAGCCAUCUUUUUAUUAUUUUCAUUGCGUUUCCCUGGUUACCGAAUACAAACUAACGUCAAAACAAAUUGUUUCUCGUAGCAUCAUCACAUAAAGAAAGAAUCAAUGCCAACCCCGUUGUUUUGUUGUUCCUGUUACCGUUGUUGUUUUGAAGCAUUUAUAGAUUCUCGAACAAUUCAAACGCGCGAAUAAAUAUAAUUGAACUUCUAUACUCACAGGCUAAAGUCGCGGUAGCGACUCGAGAUAAGUAUUAUUUAAAAGUAUGAGAACUCAUCCGACGUGGGUUGACAAAGUUCAAGAUAAGACAGAGCAAUGCAGCAUUUACGAUUUGUGCUUCAAUCCAGACGGCACUCAAUUAGUUGUGGCAGCUGGUCAACAAGUUCUUGUUUAUGAAACAACCAAAGGUGCUUUAAUUCAGCCCCUGAAAGGUCACAAGGACACUGUAUAUUGCGUGUGUUAUGCCAGAGAUGGCAAAAAAUUUGCUUCUGGAGGAGCAGACAAAGCUGUCAUUAUUUGGACAUCGAAAUUAGAAGGCAUAUUAAAAUAUUCUCACAAUGACGCCGUUCAAUCCAUGCAAUUCAAUCCGGUAUCCCACCAGCUACUCAGCUGCUCCAUCUCAGACAUGGCAUUUUGGUCCUCCGAACAGAAAGCUGUUCAAAAGCACAAAUCUGGAGGUAGAGUUAAUUGUUGCGCCUGGACAAAAGAUGGACAAUAUUUGGCUAUCGGUUUGGCAGCGGGAUACGUCUCGAUAAGAAAUAAGAAUGGGGAUGAAAAAACACGAAUAGAACGAUCCGGUGGCGGAUCAGCGAUCUGGAGUCUGUCUUGGAGUCCGAUAAGGGACGAUUCGGUGGACAUACUUUGUAUUGCCGAAUGGGGAGGAACAAUAUCAUUUUGGACGAUAGCCGGACGACAAAUCGGUCGUGAAAGAGCGACUAACUUUAUACCAUUGAAAGUGACACACUUUCCGGAGGGUCAAUACAUUCUUGUUUGCGGUAGCAACGAAAAGUGCCUUUUGAUGACCCAUGAGGGAAUACAAUUGACAACAGUCGGUGAGCCUUUUUCUUCGUGGGUCUGGAGUUGCGCAGUUCAUCCUUCAUCCUCUCACGUUGCGAUCGGUUGUCAGGAUGGUACGAUCAAGUAUCUCGAAUUAUCGUGGAACGUUGUUCACGGUUUGUACGGUGACAGAUACGCCUAUCGUGAAAAUAUGACUGACGUUAUAAUUCAACACCUUGUGACGAAUCAAAAAGUACGAAUAAAGUGCAAGGAUCUCGUGUGUAGAAUCGCGGUUUAUCGAGACCGUCUGGCGGUACAGUUGCCCGAGAGAGUUAUUAUCUACGAGCCCUCGGGCAAUACCGAGGGCAUGCAUUAUCGAAUACGAGAAAAAUUAUCACAGACACUCGAGUGCAAUUUAUUAGUGAUCACAUCGAAUAAUCUUGUACUAUGUUUGGACAAACGUUUGCGAAGCUUGUCGUUCUCGGGUGCGAUAGAACGAGAGUGGAUUCUCGACAGUCCUAUAACGUACAUCAAAGUUGCGGGUGGACCAGCGGGAAAAGAGUGUUUAAUUGCGGGUCUAAAAUCGGGUCAAGUGAUGAAAAUAUACGUGGACAAUCCUUUCCCAGCGCAUCUCGCUAAAGUCGAGGGUGCGGUCAGAUGCUUGGACAUAAGUUCGAUGAAGGAAAAACUUGCGGUUGUAAGCGAGACGACCGGUCUCCUCACCCUUUUCGAUCUCUACACCGAUGAAAAGUUGAAAGAAUACGAUAACGUUACGAGCGUCGCAUUCAAUCGUGCUUUCGAGGAUAUAAUGUGUUUUUCCGGCAGCGAUUAUUUGGCUAUCAAAGUUGCCAAUUUUCCCGAGUACAAACAGAAGUUCAGUGGUUUUGUCGUGGGUCACAACGGCUCGAAACUUUACUGCUUGAAUGGGUCAUCCAUCGUCACUGUCGAGAUACCACUGUCGUCCUCGAUGUAUCAAUAUCUUGAAAUCGGAAUGUUCGAGGAGGCUUACGCGGUCGCUUGUCUCGGAGUUGCGGAGAGCGAUUGGCUCGCACUGGGCAUAGCGGCCCUCGACAAAUUGGAGUUGAACGUUGCGUAUUCAGCGUUCGCGAGACUCAAGGAGCUCCGUUACAUUGAGAUCGUUUCCGAAGUCGAGGACAAACUCAAGUCCGGUGAAUGGGGUCGGGAAGCUUGUAUGGCGACUGCGGCAGCUGCUAUGGGGAAAUUCCGUGACGCAGCGAGAUUGUAUCAGAAAGCUGGCUUACAACAGUACGCUCUUGAUAUGUAUUCUGAUUUACGAAUGUUUGAUAUUGCUCAAGAGUUCAUCACAACUGGCAAUACUCAGGAUCGAACAAUUCUUUUGAGACGAAGAGCGGAAUGGGCGAAAAGUUUAGGAGAGCCAAGAGCAGCCGCAGAAAUGUUUCUCUCAGCGGGUGAUGUGCAAAGAGCGAUAAGCAUCAUAGCCGAAUACGGUUGGAUCGAUAUGCUCAUUAAAGUUGGUAGACAACUGGACAAAGCCGAGCGGGACAGUCUCUCGCUGAUCGCCAAGAAAUUACGACAGCUCGGAGCGACUCACGGUGCGGCCGAAAUUUUUAGUCGUCUCGGUGACGAUCCGGACGUUGCGGACGUUCUCGUUGAGGCGCAGGCUUGGCCCGAGGCUUUCGAGCUGGCAGAGAGAAAUCCGAAGUUAAAGUCCAGAGUUUAUGGCCCUUAUGCGAGAUGGCUCGCCGAAACGGGGCGGUUUUCCGAGGCGCAGGAAGCUUUCCAAAUGGCUGGUCAGCCUGAAGAGUCCAUCGGAGUACUCGAGACUCUCGCCAAAAAUGCAGUCACUGAGAGGAGAUUUCGUGACGCUUCCUACUUCUAUUGGCUCUUGUCUCAGCUCAGCCUCAAUUUGACUAAAAAUCCAGAAGACUUGAAACUUACGUUUUUCUCAUACUCGGACAAGGCUGACGUUUAUUACGCUUAUCACGAAGUCUUCAAGUAUCUGGAAGAGCCUUUCACCUCCCUAAUGCCUGAAGCUCUCUUCAACAUCUCACGAUACUUGCUCAUGAAAACUCAGGGCAUCCACGUCGAAGGAAUAUCCAAAUUAACGAUAACUUACGCUCUCGUUAAGCAGGCGCGUUUAUUAGGUGCUAACAAAUUGGCGAUGCAAUUACUCGAGCGUUUGAGGAGUAUGAAAAUUCCGAACAACCUGUCAGCACAGAUAGAAAUUUCGACUCUCGGUGCUCGUGCUUAUCAGUACAGAGAUCCAGAAGAAUUGUUGCCUCUUUGCUACAGAUGCUCCACGUUCAACGCACUUUUACCCGCCCAAAAUGCACCGAGCAAUCAGUGCGUCCAAUGUGGUCUCAAAUUUCAACACUCUUUCGUUAUGUUCGAAAUUCUACCCUUGAUCGAGUUCGAACUUGACGAGAGCAUAACGGACGAAGAGGCACAGCGAUUGAUCGAAGAAUCCAUUUACAUCGACGAUGGCAAUGUUCUCGUCGAAGACCAAUUGACGUUGCGCUCCAACGAGGCUGAUCUUUUCACCGCGAGAUUAAUGCGUUACGAGGAAAAAUUGGGCGGUUCGACGAUCAAAGUGGGUCGAAAAGUGUUGAAGAGUAUGGAGCCCUCGAGCGUCCUGAUCGUUAAAUGGCCAAAACCAUUCAAAACAAGAUAUUUUAGAAAUUUGUUGACCGACCUACAAGUUACCUUCUGCAAAUCGUGCCUUAAGUUGUUUCACUCCGACGACUAUGAAUUGGCGUUACUUCGACAUGGACAUUGUCCCUUCUGUCGAUCUGCCAACGCUCCCUCCAAUUAGAAUUCUCAUCACGUACCUGAAAUACUCAUUCUUUUUAUUACGAAUUGUAUCUGAAUUUAUUGCCCACUGUUUUCACAUAUUUUUCUAUGGGGCAUAAAUCAUCGACCCGAAACGUCGAAAAACUUGAAUAUCUUUAUAGUCUGAAAGUUAGCAUUACGCUUCAAAAUCGUCUCCACCCCAGUAGCGAUUGACUGGAUUUACGGCACUUUUUUAAAAAGAACUUUAAUCUUCCAAUUUUUUGAAGUCGUUUCCGUUAAAAACAUGCUGUAAAUCUAGCGUUAAAAGCUAAUUAUACGGCCCGUUGUUUGGAUCUGUUUUCUUUUUCGUCCAAGGGCAUAAUUACGAUCCGUCCAAUAAAUAUCGUUGAUUUAUCAAUA